AUGUUUAACCAGGCAGUGUUCAACCUUCACGAAGCUAGUAAAGAUCAAGUUCAAGAAUUUUUAAACUCUUUUGAUACAGUUUUAACUGAUUGUGACGGUGUUCUAUGGAUAGACAAUAAUGUCCUUCCUGGUUCAGCUGAUGCAAUGAAUUAUUUCCGAGAGUUAGGAAAGAAAAUAUUUUAUGUAACAAAUAAUUCAACAAAGAUUCGUAGUGAAUUUGCUAGUAAAGCUCAACAAAUGGGCUUUAUAGCAUCACAGGAUGAAAUUCUUUCUACUGCAUACUUAGCAGCACAUUACCUGAAGGGUAUUGGCUUUACAAAAAAAGUGUAUUUGCUGGGUUCUAACGGAAUUGGUGAGGAAUUAAAAGCUGUUGGCAUUAGACACAUUGGUGUAGGGCCUGACCCGGUAAAACCGGACUAUAGAGCAAUGAAGGAAUCCGAUUUAGAUCCCGAAGUUGGUGCUGUAAUUGUGGGCUUUGACGAGCAUGUCAGUUACCCCAAGUUUAUGAAAGCUGCUUCGUACUUAGCAUCCAAAGAUUGUCUGUUUAUAGCAACAAACACUGAUGAGAGAUUUCCAAGGCCUGGUUCUGUUAUCGAACCGGGUUGCGGAACUUUUGUUAAAGCAGUAGAAACAUGUUCCGGUAGACAGGCAUUAGUGCUUGGAAAGCCAAAUGAUUACGUAAAAAAGUAUCUAGAAACUUAUGGCUUGAAUCCUGCUCGAACUUUGAUGAUUGGAGAUAAAUGUAGCACUGACAUUGAGUUUGGUGUUCGCUGUGGUUUCCAGACACUCCUCGUCCUAUCUGGAGUUACGUCUAGCAAAGAACUAGAAAAGCUUCGCCGUGAGAACACGCCACCGCUACCCGAUGUUGUCUUACCUAAACUAGGCGAUCUUCUCUCUAUUCCUGAUCCCGUAAAGCCGGACUACAAAGCAAUGAACCCAUCAGAUCUAGACCCUGAAGUUGGUGCUGUAGUUGUAGGUUUUGACGAACAUGUCAGUUAUCCCAAGUUCAUGAAAGCUGCCUCCUACUUAGCGUCUGAAGAAUGUCUGUUCGUAGCAACAAAUACUGAUGAAAGAUUUCCGAGGGGUGGUUCUAUUGUUGUACCUGGUACUGGAACAUUGGUACGAGCUGUUGAAACUUGUUCAGACAGAAAGGCAUUUGUGGUGGGAAAGCCACAUGACUACGUGAGAAAGUAUCUUGAAUCUUGUAACCUGAAUCCGGCUCGGACUUUAAUGAUUGGAGAUAGAUGUAACACAGACAUUGAGCUCGGUGUGCGCUGUGGUUUCCAAACACUUCUUGUCCUUUCCGGUGUUACUUCUAAUAAAGAUCUGGAGAAGUUGCGCAGUGAAAGGACGCCACCACUACCCGACGUUGUCUUACCAAAACUAGGAGAUUUACUCUCUAUAGUAUCACCAACGAACGGUUCCUUGUAG